AUGACACUUCUCGCCAGUUUAGAACUUCUACUGCUCUGCAUCCCUAUCCUGGCCGCUCCAUCCAGCAUCCUCGAUACGGGUCCCUUCAGCUGGCCCUUCUUCUCAUGGUUCACUUCCCCCGCAGGGUUUCCAGACGAAGUCGCCGUCCUCCGCUUGGCACCUUUUUCCGACCCAGCGGCACGAGCAUUCCUGGUCAAUUCCUCCGCCCUGCCGUUGGUAGACUUCGACCUCCAGGAGUCGUAUGCCGGACUCUUGCCUAUCAGCGCAGAGGAAGGAGAGGCAAGGAAGCUGUUCUUCUGGUACUGGCCCACUUCCGCGCCAGAAGGUAGCAAACAUCUCACAAUCUGGCUCAACGGCGGACCUGGAUGCUCGAGCCUUAUGGGGUUCUUGCAGGAAAAUGGGCCGAUCAUGUUCUUGCCCGGGAUGGACAAGCCUGAGUAUAAUCCAGAAGGAUGGACGACCGCCACGAAUAUGCUAUAUAUUGAUCAGCCUAUUGGAACUGGGUUCAGUGCUGGUCCUGCUAGCGUACGAAACGAGGAAGACAUCGCCGAACAGUUCUACGGCUUCCUACAACAGUUCUAUACGAUUUUUCCGGAACUGCUCUCUAAACCGCUUAUCUUCGCGGGAGAGUCCUACGCAGGCUACUACAUCCCCUUCAUUGCCCAUCGUAUCCUUCACGCUUCCCAAGAAGAGCAAGCCAGGCAAGCGAUCUCCGUCCACGCGCUGCUCAUGAACGACGGAUGUUAUUCGAGCGGGAUCGUGAUGCAACACGCGCCCACACCUGCAUUCGCCCGACUGCAUCAAGCGACGCUUAACCUCACCACGGCCCAGAUACUCGAGCUCGAGCAGCGCCGCGCUUCCUGCGGGUACGACGCUCUCCUUGCUCAGAUUAGGUAUCCCCCAGCGGGGAAACUGACGCUCCCGAACAAUGUGGAUUAUACGCCUUAUGAAUGUGAUCUUACGGACCUGUUUAAGCAGUGGUGUAGGGAAGCGAAUCUCUGCUUUAAGGAGGAAAAAGUCGGGCAAGGAUGCCUGAAGGAGAACCCGCUAGACACGUACUUCAGCCGCUCAGACGUCCAGUCCCUCCUCCACCUGCCCCCUUCCUCAUGGUCCGAAUGCACCUCCCACUCCGUUUACAAGUCCGGGAAAGACGAGUCCGCGGUUUACUCUGAAACCCUCCUGCCUGAACUGGUUGACCGACUCCCUGGUGGGGUCACCCUCUGGCACGGGGUGCUGGACGCGCUGCUCCUAGCGGAAGGGGAUAGGCUCACUAUACAGAACCUGACCUGGGGCGGGGAGCAAGGAUUCCAGGAAGAACCUCAUACGCCUCUUUACCUGGGAAGGGAGAAGAAGGGCUUGUGGCACGAGGAGAGAGGACUGACGUAUGUCGAAGUGUACGAUGCGGGUCAUAUGGUACCUCAGGACCAGCCUGAAGUCGCGCUAAGGGUGCUGAAGUAUGUGCUCGGGUUAGAUGGUUUAUAA